GCUAACCCAGAGAUAAUCAGGUUAACUUAUGCUGUGCUUCAUCUAACCAUGAUUUGGUGUGAAAGCCAGAGGUUUGCCUUUGCUCUUCAAAACCUGGCCGCCUUUUUAGCUGGAAAUCUUGUCGUAACCAGAGGACGCACGUACUUUCCUCGCCCCCCUCCCCCGAGAGAACCCCCUUCGCCCGCCCGCUGAGGAGGAGGCUUGGUCUCCGGCCGCCGCCAGAGGGCUCUGGGUGGCGCCGGGGAAGAAACCCGGCUUUCCGUCUCUCUCGUUCCGCGGCUCGGGGCGUCACGCGUUGAGCUUCCUGGGCGACUCCAAGGCAGCAGCGGAGCGGGCCGGGAGGAGAGCCGCCCCGCCGCGGGUUCAUCCCGCCAGCCGCCGGGAGACCUUCCUCGCAGCCGGCUUGACCCGGCCCAGGUGGGGGACCUGUCGCGGCUCUGUGCAGGCAGCGCUUCCGGUGUGGGAAAGGGUGAAUCCCGGCUGCGGCGCUGCGCUGAUCCCCUGUGCCUGGCUGGGCAAGGGCAGGGGGCGAAGGGGGGCUGCGCCCGCUAUUUAACAUCUAAACAGCCCCCCGCAGCCUUGGGAAGUGCACGGGGGGGGGGUCAAAGCUACCCUCCGCUAGCACAAAUUAGAGCAGUAGCUUCAUCAGGCUGGCAGGAGAGGAGGAGUGCACUGAUGAUGUUACCUAGUUUGGUAAUGAAACGUCUGCAAGAAAACUGCCAAGCUCAGAGGAGGAAGAGUGUGGAAGCUUUGGAGUCCUCCGCAGCCCUUUAUUCUGCCCGAUGAAGUGUUCUGCAGAACUCAAAAGCCUGCAAAUUGCUCCUGGGUGUUGAGCUGAUCCGUAAAGAUACUGUCCAUUCAUAAGCAUGCCUGCACUUAAAAUGGAUAUUAGAAAGAUUGGAAUGAGGUCAAAGGUAGCAGUGAGGCUGGGCAGAGGCAUAGAAAACAAGCCCUACUUUAUUAUUUAUUAACCAAUUUAUAGAAACUGCCCAUCAAACAAAUUCUGGAUGGUUGUAGAGACAGAGCUAAAAACAUUGGAAUGUUGACAGCCUGGGGCAGAAACAGAUUAGAGGUCAAGUAAUGUUUAUACAGCACACUGAGUCAGAAACUACGCAACCAUGUUUUUACACUUGCUUGGUUUUGUAAAUUUGGCCCAGUGGAUAGUUUAGAGUUGAGGACAAAAAAAAAGUCUAUAAAAGUCUAGGAUGCCAGAACGGCCAUCCUUUGCUUUUUGGAUCUGCAGUGGGAUGGUAUUGCGUUUAUAAUUGAAGAUGCCUGUGGCCUUCAAGGUGGAGCAGCCUCCUCGUAUUGGAGAUUUCUCGAUCAGAGGGACAUGCAAGAGAACUACGAGACUCUUAUCUCUCUGGCAGAAGAGAUGGCGCUCACCCUGCCCCGAAUCACUGCACUAGCUGAGCCCCACCGGAGAGGAUUGGCAUCAGGAUUUCCUCUUUCUAAAACUGAUCUGCUCUCCUGGAUCGAUCGAGAAGAUUCAUGGAUUCCAGAACUUCAGGGAUGUGAGGAAAGGACAACGCCAUCUCAGAUAAAUCCAGGGGAAGAACUGAGAGGAAGACAUGAACCUGUUCCUCCGGAAGUAAUUCCUAGCAAAACAAAUCUGCAAAAGGGGAAUGUCCUAGAGAGGAAUCCAAUGGAGGCUGAGAAAAAACCUUCAGGGACUGGGCCAAGGGGCCCCCUAACCGAAGGAAAGGAGCAGCAAGACAUACCCCUCCCACAGACCAUGGUUGCUUCCAAUCCCCAGAUGUCCCUUAGAAAACCACCAGUGCAUAGCAAGAAUCACCAAUGUGCAGAGUGUGGCAAAAGCUUCAGCCAGAAGUCCAAUCUCCUCCGACACCAGAGGUUGCACCUCGACAAAAGAUCCCACAGGUGUGACCAGUGUGACAAAAGCUUCUCUGAGGCCGAGGCCCUGGCCACACACCAGAAAGGCCACGCAAGUGACAAACCGUACAAGUGUGAAGAAUGCGGGAAAAGCUUCAGCUGGACCUCGCACCUGGAACGGCACCAGCGGAUCCACACCGGAGAGAAACCGUUCCAAUGCAAGGAGUGCGGGAAGGCCUUCAGUGUUGGAUCACACCUGGAAAGGCAUCGGCGGAUCCACACCGGGGAGAAGCCUUAUCAAUGCAAAGAGUGUGGGAAGAGUUUCAGUGUGAGCUCCACCCUGGUCCAGCACCAGAGGACUCACGCCAAUGACAAGCCCUACCAGUGUGAGGACUGUGGGAAGGGCUUCACGCUUGGGGCCAACUUGGUGGCUCACCAGAGGAAACAUCUGGGCCAGAAGCCCUACGAGUGCCCCGAUUGCGGGAAAAGUUUCAGCUUCACCUCUCACCUAGAGAGACACCAGCGGAUCCACACGGGCGAGAGGCCCUACCAGUGCCCCGACUGUGGGAAGCGUUUCAGCCGCAGCUCCCACCUUUACAGGCACCAAAGAAUCCACACAGGGGAGAAGCCACAUCAGUGCACAGAUUGUGGCAAAAGCUACUACCUCAGUGCGGCCACCCUCCAUCACCUCCAGACAUCUCCAGCCCACAGCAGAGACCCCACCAAAUGCACCGAAUGUAACCGUAAGCGGGUGGCUCCUCAGCCUCUCCCACCUCCUCCCUCCCCGCCAAUGUCUACCGAGAAGCCCUUUAAAUGCUCCGACUGUGGGAAAGGGUUUGGCCAGAGUUCAUCCCUAGUGAAACACCAGCGGAUCCACACCGGAGAGAGGCCCUAUCAGUGUCCCGAGUGUGGGAAGAACUUCAGCUGGUGCUCGGCCCUGAUCAAACACAAGCGGACCCACACGGGAGAGAAGCCCUUCCGGUGUGGGGACUGUGGGAAAGCGUUCAGCGUCAGCUCCCAUUUGGAAAGGCACCAGCGCGUGCACUCUCCCGACCGACCCCACAAGUGUGCCGAGUGUGGGAAAACCUAUGGGGAACUGGCCUCGUUGGUCAAGCACCAGAAAUCCCACAUGCCCGGGAGCAAGCGUUAUCAGUGCCCUGACUGCGGGAAAAGUUUCAGCUGGAGCUCCCACCUGGAAAGACACCAGCGGAUCCACACAGGGGAGAAGCCCUACCAGUGCGGGGACUGCGGGAAGUGCUUCAGCGUCAGUUCCCACCUGGACCGCCACCGCAGAAUCCACACGGGAGAGAAACCCUACCACUGCGCUGAAUGCGGGAAGAGCUUCAGCGUCAGCUCCACGCUCUUGCAGCACCAACGGACGCACUCGAGCGGAAAGCCUCACAAGUGCAAGGAGUGCGGGAAGCGAUUCGUGGCCGGGGCACAGCUGCUCACGCACCAGCGGGCCCACCGUGGCGAGAAACCCUACGAUUGCACCGUCUGCGGGAAGAGCUUUGGCUUCAUCUCCCACCUGGAGCGGCACCUGAGGGUGCACACAGGCGAGAAGCCGUACCCGUGCGCAGAGUGUGGGAAGUGUUUCAGCCGCAGCUCACACCGCAACCGCCAUCAACAUACUCAUGUGGCAGAGGAGCUCCCCAAAGAACAACCUGAAGGCCAGAAGGGCUGCUCUGUUUUGACCGAGACUAAGCACUCCAAAGAACUGCUCCCUGUUGUUCUUGACCCUCCUCUUUCUCUCAUGCCCUCCUGGUGGAGCGAGGGGGAGAGGAACAGCAUCCCCCCAGCUGUCUCCACCUGGCCCGAGGCCCCACUGCCUUUCCAGGGCUUCAUCCCCAGUGCUGUCUCAGCUGGAGGGCUGCGGAGCUGGGGUGGGAAGGGAUUCUUACCUCCAGAUCCAUGGAGGUUAGGGGAAAACAGCUGUAGAUGGGCAUCCCCCUACCCUCAAGAGGGAUGGCCACCCCCUCCCCCAACAUCUUAGCUGCGCAAAGCAAUUUUGUGGGGUGGGUGGGUUAGGGGAAGCAAUUAUCUUCUCUCCUCACUCAACCAAUUGGGCAGAAUGCUAAUUUUGUCCCAUUGGAGCCAAGAAGAGCUAGUUUGCAACGGGCUGGAAUGGAAUAUAGCUGUGGUCCUAAAAGUGAAGGAAGGCCAUGUUUGUGUUCUUCUGAGGGAUGUUUACACAGGCCUGGAGCUUUUGAUAUGAGGCAUACUCAGUGUUGCAAUAAUCCCUGGAUCUUAUGCAUUCUGAAGUGGUAGAAUACUGUUGUUAAGAGCCCUUGGUGAUCUCUGAGCUUAGUCCUUUCAUAACCCAGCCAGUGAUAGUUGGAUAAUAAUGAAAGGUCUGCAAACAAACAUCACCUGUGAUGUUACCUACUUUUUUUUCAACCUAGUUGGGUAAUGAAAUAUCUGUAAGUAAAACCCCAAGCUUAGAGAACACCAAGAACUCCUCAGUUCAACCCAGAGCUACAGAUAAUCUCUUCUAUUGCCAGAACACUACUGGUUUUAUUGAUGGUUUGAACUGGCUCAUUACCACAAGUUGGUGGGGGGAAAGUUUAAGGCAGCAGCCA